AUGUCUCUGCAAAAGACCCCUCCGACCCGGGUGUUCGUGGAACUGGUUCCCUGGGCUGAUCCAGGCCGGGAGAACAAUCUGAUCUCAGGCGGAGUGACGCAACCGGGCCUCCACCACCCCAUCUCCACAACACAAGCCCAAACUGCGACCCGCGAGGUGCACGUAAGCGGCACCGCAGAAGUUUCUGCGGGCCCCGAUCGGGCGCAGGUGGCGGUGCGAGUGAGCAGCACCAAGGAGGUGGCGGCCGAAACCAAAAAGAGCGUUUGCCGCCGUCUAGAUUACAUCACGCAGAGCCUCCAGCAGCAGGGCGUGCAGGCAGAAAAUAUAACUGUGACAAAGGAUUUUAGGAGAGUGGAAAAUGCUUAUCACAUGGAAGCAGAGGUCUGCAUUACAUUUACUGAAUUUGGAAAAAUGCAAAAUAUAUGUAACUUUCUUGUUGAAAAGCUAGAUAGCUCUGUUGUCAUCAGCCCACCCCAGUUCUAUCAUACUCCAGGUUCUGUUGAGAAUCUUCGACGGCAAGCCUGUCUUGUUGCUGUUGAGAAUGCGUGGCGCAAAGCUCAAGAAGUCUGUAACCUUGUUGGCCAAACCUUAGGAAAACCUUUACUAAUCAAAGAAGAAGAAACAAAAGAAUGGGAAGGCCAAAUAGAUGAUCACCAGUCAUCCAGACUCUCAAGUUCAUUAACUGUACAACAAAAAAUCAAAAGUGCAACAAUACAUGCUGCUUCAAAAGUAUUUUUAACUUUUGAGGUAAAGGGGAAGGACAAGAAAAAAAAGCACCUUUAAAAUUCCAACCAAAUUAUAUUGUACUUGUAUCUUUUUACUAUUUUUAUACUUUUUAUAAUGGUUGCUUUUGUCCUGAAUAUAUAUAUAUAUAUGUAUAUAUAUACAUAUAUAUAUAUAUAUAGUAUAUUAGAUAAGCUAUUUCUUUCCAAAAUCUAUAAGUCUUUUAAUAUAGUUUCACAGAAUUCUUAUGUUCACUUUCUAUUUUUAAAAGACUACUCUGAAAAACACUCUUGGGAAAUAAAUGUAUUAUGUACAUACUUAUAUACUGACAGUUCAUACAAGUACAUAUUAAUAGUUUUAAAUAAGGACAAAUAUUGAUCCUUGCAUUUCAUAAUUCUUAAAGAUAUUUAAGCUAACAUUUUCUCAGCCACAUUUUUAUAUAAAACCAAAUUUUAUAUCAAAACUAGGUUUCCAUAAGUUAGUUAAAUUUUUUAAAUUGUAAGACAAAAGUUUUAUGUAUGGAAAAGAAUUCUUAUAUUCCAUCAAACCUAGUAAUUUUCCACAACUAAAGAUGAGUAUAAAUACAUAAUUUUAAGUGCAUCCUGUAAGAUAUUUGAUUUUGCUUUACUUAGAAGCUAAGUAAUUACCCUGUUAUUUUUUCAUGGAUGCUAACAGAAGACAUGAGAUUUCUGGGACAGAAACAAAGACUAUUACUCAUGGCACAACAAGGAGCAUGAGCAUCAGCACAUUCUCAUUGCUUCCCCUUGUCUCAAGUCCCAUGGGAACAACAUGAAGUGGCCAUAUAUAAUAUAGCUACAUAUACAGUGGGCUUUUGUUGUAGGUAAAAAAUACUGAGCUUGGAGGGUUCAUUGUUUUUAUCAUGAAUAUUUAAACCUGCCCUUUGCCUCAUUCCUUACAGAUGCUCACAAACUCAAUACAGAGAAAUGCCCCAAGUAAAGAAUACUCAAGGUCUUGCACACUUGCCACACCCAGCACUAUGUGUAGGAGGGUGAAGUCUUUUGAGAGCUAUCUCACAUCUAACGGUUUCUUUACUUGGACUGGAGACCAUUUUUGUAAGAUGCAGACCAACAACCCUGACCUUAACAACUUCACAACAUGAAUAGAAAUGGUGAUAAAUAAUUCAUAACUUUUAAGAAAGAGUGAAGUGUAAUAAGAAAAUGUUUUGAUGCCAAAAAUAAAAGAUUUAUUUGGAUCACACUCCAACAGGGCUUCUUAGAGUGAUACAAAUACAAAGCAAACAAUAUGUAUAAUUUAAAAUUUCCUAGUAUGCACAUUUUUUUUCUCUGUUGCCCAGGCUGGAGUGCAGUGGCAGGAUAUUGACUCAUUGCAACCUCCACCUCCCAGACUCAAGUGAUUCUUCUGCCUCACCCUCCCAAGUAGCUGGAAUUACAGGCAUAUGCCACCAUGGCUGGCUAAUUUUUGUGUUCUUGGUAGAGACGGGGUUUCACCACAUUGGCCAGGCAGGUCUCAAACACUUAACCUCAUGAUCCACCCACCUUGGCCUCCCAAAGUGCUGGGAUUACAGGCGUGAGCCACCAUGCCUGGCCCUGUACACAUAUUUUUAAAAAUAAAAUUUUAAAAAAGAAACAGUUGAAACUAAUUUUAAUAACAUUUUAUUUAACCAAAUAUAUCAAAAAUAUUAUUUCAGCAUGCAAUCAGUAUUUUUUUAAUUAUUAAUGAGAUGUUUAUGUUUUAUAUUGUCUUCAAAAUCCAGUGUAUAUUUUUACAUUACAGCACAUCUCAAUUUGGAUGCUAAAUUUUUAUCAGAAAUAUUUGAUCUGUAUUUAAAUAUGCUAAAAUGUAUAGUUAAAAAAGAGACUCACAUACCUAAGUUGUUUUAGCAUGCUUAAAAAAUCUUGUAACUGGAUCAAGUAUCAGUUUUUAAAUUAAUUAAAAUUAAAUGAAAUUUAAAAUGUAGUUUCUCAGUCACACUAGCCAUAUUUCAAGUACUUGAAAGCUACAAACGGCUUGUGGCUACCUUGCUCAACAGAGUAAGGUCAUGCACUGAGAUAAUGAUCGUUAAGGCCAUUUGAAAGUUAACAGCAAGUAUGUCUUACUGCUAUUGAAUUGCAUGUUGUCAGGCAAUCAUAAGCCAUGUCUGUUAUGCAGCAUAGGCUUUCCAUUCUCUAUACAUCUAGGUCAUAGGGUUUUUCUGUUGAUAAAUCUGGAUGUUUAUAUACCAACAUUACUUUCUACAAUAUAUUCCAGUGUCCCUCUUCACCCACUUUUUAAAGUGGCCCUGACACAAUUUCAUUCAUCUUAUUGGAGUGUUGCUAUGGGGGAAGAGUAGCAGCUAAGAAGAGUUUGAGUCUAACACCAUUAUAUUCAAAUCCUGACUUUACUACUGGAAUGUAAGCUUCUUGAGAAUGGGGAUCUUGUCUGUCUUGUUCACAGUUGUGUUCCAGCCCCAGAGGUAAUGUCAAGGCCAAUACCAAGUAUGCUCUCAAAUAUUUGCUGAGAAAAUUUAUUAGCUGGAUAAAAGGCAAGAUACUUAAAUCUCUUUAAUCUUCCUUUUCCCUUACAAAUGAAAGAGACUAAUAGUACUUACCUUGCAGUGUUAUUAUAAGGAUUAAAGUUGAUAAAUACAUGAUCAUGAGAACAAUGCCUAACACACAGCCGUCACUCUGAAAGCGAUAGCCAUUAUAUCAACUGCAGUUUGAUUAUUGUCAACUCAAUUAAAAGUUGGCUUUUCCAAAUCCUCCAUUAAGAAGAAUUUUUAAAUAGUCAUAUUGAAAAUAAAGUUAUCAACAAACCAA